AUGUCGACGUCAACAAGCAACACUGGUCGCCCUUCCGUCACUUGGGCCGACGUAGCCGAUUAUACAAAUGAAGCUUUGCUUUCUGAUCUACAACAUACAACGGAGGUAUUGAAACGAGCUAAAUUUAACGGUCGUUGUUCAUCCAAUAUAUCCGAUUUGGAGCCCGUUUAUCAGGAACAAACUAGAAGUUACGGCAGUUCUUUUCAUGGCUUGGACAGUAUCGAACAAAUGUUGGAUGAUUAUUCACAAAAGAGGAGAAGUCCUGAAGAUGAAUGCUAUGCGAAUUCUUUAACAAACCAAGCGGAAAGGCCUACAGUGCAAAGCUUGUUUAGAGAGCUUGAACAUGAUAGUUGCAACAGAAGUGUAAGUGGUCAUUUAUCGCAAUCAUCUGGUAAUGUCCAGCAGAACUCGCCGACGGGCGAUCCGCUUCAGCUGGAUUCGAUGUUGGGAACACUACAAAAAGAUAUGUCAAAGCAUGGUAUCAGCACGAUUCCCAAAGGCGAUUGCGCUUCAUGUGGAAAACCGAUUGUUGGACAGGUGGUCAUAGCGCUGGGUAAAAUGUGGCAUCCAGAGCACUACGUAUGCUGUCAAUGUGGUGAAGAGCUGGGACAUCGGAAUUUCUUCGAGCGAGGUGGUAAAGCAUACUGUGAGAAUGACUAUCACGAUAUGUUUUCUCCCCGAUGUGCAUAUUGCAAUGGGCCAAUCAAAGAUCGAUGUGUGACGGCACUUGGUAAAACAUUUCACGCAGAGCACUUUGUAUGUGCAGAAUGUGGCCGCCAGUUUGAAGAGGAGGGAUUCCACGAAAAAAACGGUAAACCUUACUGCAAAACGGAUUUCUUCCGAAUGUUUGCACCGAAAUGCAAUGGUUGCAAGAAUCCGAUAAAAAUGCAUUUCAUAACAGCACUGGGCACACACUGGCAUCCUGAGUGCUUUAUUUGCCAGGAGUGUGGAAAGGCUUUCGAAACAGGAUCAUUUUAUGAGCAUGGUAAUAUACCACUGUGCGAAAUGCACUAUCACGAGAAGCGUGGUAGUUUGUGCGCUACUUGUCAAAAGCCUAUUAAUGGCCGAUGUGUCUCCGCCGUGGGACAGAAGUUUCAUCCCGAACAUUUCUGCUGCUCCUACUGUCGUAAGCAGCUGAACAAGGGAACAUUCAAAGAAGUGGAUCGAAAGCCAUUCUGCCAUAAAUGUUAUCAAACAACCCAUCCCUGA